CGGGAGAUGGUACGGCCUGCCGGUACAGUUCUCUGAGCGCCGUCAUUGAUUCAGUAGUAACGGAGCGGACGGCUUUCAGAGCGGGCGCAGCGGAAGCCAGAGGCGAACAGGCAGACGGAGAAGCAGAGAGAGAGAGAGAAAAAGAAAAAAAACCAGGAAAAGGAUCCCCGGCCAUUUCCUGCUUUCGGUUCGCUGCCGCCCCGCCGCCUCCUCCCGCCGCCUCCCGUCCCUGCUAUGACCCUGUUUAAGAGCGAACAUCGCAGCCCGAGACACAUAAGCAUGACCGGAGAGCUGAAAUCAGGCCGCCCCAAGGCAGGACCCAAGAGAUCCGGCAGUGCCGUGUACGGAUCUGACUAUGACCUGGAGUACGAGUGCUGCCAGGAUGACUUCUAUGACAGGGUGUAUGACUACCAGCGCGUCCCGGCCUCCCUGACCUCCAUCCCGCACGGGCCCGCCCUGGCCAAGCGCCCCCGCACCUCCUCCUCCGGCCUGCGGCGCAGCAGAGACAGGCUGCUGUCCAAGAGCAGCGCCCGGCCCGGCUCCUCCAGCUCCAGCAGGGCCAAAUUGAAGAUGGAAGAGCUGCAGACAAUAAAGAGGGAGCUGACUCUGAUUAAGGUGCAGAUCGAUGGGCUGCUGGAGAGCCUGGACAGGAUGGACAGACAGAGGAGGGAUCGCACUGGGUCCCCCCCGACUCGGGAGGGCAGUUUGACGGGGUCGCCCUACCACGGCCUGGCCAGCAGUCCCGACGGCUCCCCCAGCAGCCACAGCCCCCACCGCCGCGUCCGACGGGACCGAGAUGGCGGGGAGAGCCCGGAGCUCGGGGAGGCGAGCGACGAUGACCGCCACACGAUGAAUCAUCACAGCUCGGACCUGGAGGAUGACAUGUGAGAAUCUGCAGCUCAGACUAAGCAGGAGCCCGGUGACAGAGCUGAAGUGGGGAGCACUAUACAUGGAGGGGGGAGGGAGGGGGGUGACCAUCGCCAGUCCAGCAGUUGCCAUGGAAACACCUGUCUCCAGCCUCACCCACUUUCGUUGUCACAGGACUCUAGUUAUCUGUUGUACAUUUGUAAAAAAACAAAAACAAAACAAAAACAAAAAAUGUCUACUGGUCCCCCCUGGCCUCCCGCACUCAUCCUCCACCUUGUUCAUAUUUUCUCCCAAAAUGCAUUGGGCCACCACAUAUCCAUCACUACCUGUUUGAAUACAUCUCCACGGUUGGCACUCCUACACCUCCCCCUCUUUAGAAGAGUUGUGGCUGCACUCCUGAAAAAAAAAAUCUGCCAUCUGUGAGGAAUGUGCGGGCAUGGUAAUUACAGCUUAUUUGGAGAAAUGAGGUUCAUAUCUCCUACAGAUGUUCUCUCCUGAGAUUAGCACUGAACACACACACACACACAUAUACACGCAUGCACACACACGCAUGCACACACACACAUACAUAUACACACACGCACCAACACACCACACACACACAAAUACACACACACACACAAACGCACGCACACACGCACACACACACACACACACAAACACACAAACACACACACAAACACACGCACACACACGCACACACGCGCACGCACACACACACAUACAUAUACACGCACGCACACACACGCAUGCACACACACACAUACAUAUACACGCACGCACACACACGCAUGCACACACACACACACACACAAACACACAUACACACACACACACAAACGCACGCACACACACACACGCACACACACACAUACACGCGUAUGCACACACGCGCGCACACACAAACACACCACACACGCGCACGCACACACACACACACAUAUAGACAAGCAUGCACACACACACACAAACACACGCACACACACAAACACACACACACACGCGCACGCACAUACACACACGCACGCCGAUUUUAUCUGUUUAAAAGCAAUUAUAAAGCAGAAUAGGAAAGUGAAAUUAUUUGAAAGAUUAUAAUCCCUCUUUGCAAAGGUCACCACAUAUGCAGAAUACAGAAUAAAUCAAUACGAUAAUCUUCUCGGUUCAAGUUGAUUUGUGCCCUGAAGAAUGUACAUAUAUAUACAUUAUGUUUUUUUUUUUUGCGAACUGAAAGGCUCAGGCUUUGAACUUUGUGACAAGGCAUUAAAACGACUGCCUGCAAAUGUGCAUAAUUUAACUGCAACGCUGCCCUGAGCCUCCCAGAGGUCUCAGUGCUACUUUUAUUUUAUCUGUACCAGAAGCCCCGUUUAAUGCUGUCAGCUGAAUCCCUGUCAGCAUGACAACAGCUGUCAACACGCUGUUAUCAGCCAAUUAUUAAUCACACAUCUCCGCCGACACAGGACUGCGGGGCUCGAGGUAAAAAUGGCUGCCUGGCAUCCAACAAAACCCUUUUUGCUGAUACGGCCUCGAAACUUUAAAUAGGACUUCCGUCAGAUUUUAAUUUGUUUUUUCGUGAACAGGAGUCUUCUAGCACAGUAGUUCCCAAACUCGCUAUGCUGGUUUUUUUUUUCCAGCUAAUCUUUUACCUGGAAAAAUUAAGGUUGCUGAAAACAUGUGUUUAAGGUCUACUAUAAUUUUCUCUUAAACAUAAUUUGAACGCAGUUCAAGUAUGGCUUGUUGUUGUUUGCAUUGUCUUUGAACAUUUCAUUUUCCACUAAUUGUUGUUUUAGUGACCAGAUUUCCACAGAAAAUGAAAAUAUUACUUGAUCCAGCUGAAUAAAUGCCCUAGGCUGUGAACAAGGCACAUUUUUUUCCCAUUCAUAGUGGGCAUAGCUUUUUCUGACAUAGUAUGGCUUUAGCCAUUAAGGACAAUUAGCGGCUUGGCAUAAUCACGGCUGUAUUAACAGUUUGAAAUGAAAACUAGUAUAACACAAUGGGUCCCAAAGACCAAAUUUGGGAACCAGUGCUCUUGCUUUAAUGUGCUGACAUGCUUUGAUCCUCUGUGCUUGUGACAGGAUGAACUGAUCCCAGAGUUGGCCACUGGCAUAAACACUAUAUGCAUUCGUUUAGGGACACAACCCACCCCUGCGCCACACAAUUCCAAGUUUCUUUUUUUUUUUUGCCACAUGCCACAUUGACAUUCUUGUUUUGGUGCCACCAAAACCCUGGGGCCAGGUCUGACUGAUCGUAAAUUCACAGUUAGGGGGAAGAAGUGUUGGAUGGGAAUGCUGCAGUGAUGCUUGCUGUUCGUGUGCCACGUCACAUGGUGCAUGUGUCGAGAGUGGAAAGACCUUGAAUACAGCCGUUCUCUCCAAAGCUCUAUCCUUUUAAUGCCGUUGGAGAAGCGCUUUUAGUGAGUUCAAUCGGGAGUGUAUAAUCUGCGAUUUGGCCCAUUGUCCAAGUCUGCAAUGGCUCAGUGCCAAAACGGUUUUCCCUUCACUGGAGCUCUGAGCAUUCAAACACUCUUUUAAACCGACAUUAACACCACCAUUAAACCUUUUAAACAGACCCACUUUAACUAAGUGCACUUGUUCCCAGAGUUAGCAAAGUUUGCUCUCAAGCCAGUAUAGUCGAGAAUACAUUUGACUAGAGCUGGCACUUUCAAUUAAAACAAGGAGACAAUUGUAAGCUGCAAAAUAAAUCAACAAAUAAAUAAAUAAAUAAAACCAUAUAAUUUGUGGUCCCACUUGGUGAUGUCUGGCAACAUCCCAGGUGAGUUUUGAACCUUUAUGAGAAAAUCCUGUUGCGCGUUGAGAGUUCUCUGAGGCCGGUAGCUGAACUGUGGAGACGUGGGGCCGUAAAGAAAAGGGGUGUGUUCCAGUACGCCAUUCUCCUCACCGCUGAGCUCAAAAGCCUUACCUGGGGGAGGUUUCGGAGGAGAAGCUGAGCCUUUACCACGUCUUUAGAAACAUACAUCGCUUCACACGCAUUGUGAAUACAUGAACAAAGGUUAUCAACAUAAACGAACACGAACCGUGUCCAUUCCGCAAAAAAAUGGUUACUGCUUUGUCAUUAGAGAGGUGUUUUGUAAAUUAUUAUCAGUGUGUAAUUAAAAUAUCAAAGCAUGGCUCUGCUAGCAAAACUGCUGUUGUUGAAAUAAAGGGAAUGGGACCGUCUCCUUCCGGCCUGUAAGGAAGAUCAUCACGUCCAUGUCUGUCCUUGUGUAAUGUGUAAUAGAUGAUAUAAGCCCAUCUCUCCUUCCAUGUAUAAGGUGCUGUGGACUGAGUGAUCUGACUGGGUUGAUGUGUAAUAUUGUGUAAUAUUGUAAACUUUCUUGUAUUUGGUCAGCUCAGUCUGAUUUUAAUCCUGUAUUUGUUUUUUUUUUGUUUCAUUAUUUGAAAACUAUUUUGUUAUCCUCUACUUCCAGUGCUGUUUUGGUAGGUUUUUUUUAUUUGUAUAAUUAUUAACUUCUUUGUUUGCAUUCAUAAAAAGCUGAGUGGAAACGCAUAAACAGUAACAGUAGUAAAGGUAUUUUCAUAUUGAUUAUAA